AUCGUGCUCGUAACAGUCGCGACUAAACUUGCGUGCAGCUCGCCACGUGCGUGCUCGAUGCACCAGCCGAGUGUCUCCUAACUCGCGAAGCGGCCAACUUCCCGAAAAACUUCGCGCAAUAAUGUGACUUUUUUUUUUUUUUUAAAAAAAGCAAUAUUAGUGCGUAGAUGAAAAACGCGGCAAAUAUAUAUUCGAAUUUCAAAAUAUCGAGGUCCACGAUAUAUUCGAAAGGAAAAAAAAAGAGAAUUAGUGCAGUUCCGGAAUAUCUCUCACGAUAUAUACACCCAUCCUCGAAUAAACGGGCCUUUCAUCGUGGAAUCUUAUAUACGCGGUUACUCAUUUUACAGCGGUGUGUGCUUUUUUUUCACGCGUUUCACGAGCCGACUUCUUCCGUCUACUAUUCUCGAGAAUCGUCCUUAAAGGUGGAUGGACUGUAAUAACGGAUUGAAGUUGUUCGUUUCCCCCCGUCUUCGAGUAAACUCGCGUAUACAUAUAUUUUAUAUAUAUAUAUCAGGCGCGCGAUAAGAUGUGAGCAGGGCGGCUUCUUGCAAUCGAGCAAUUUCUCCGAGAACAAGCAAAUUCUUCGAGUGCACAUAUAAUACAUAUAUCGAGAAUCGUUUCCUCGCUGCAGUCUCACGCUUUAAAGUUCUCAACAUCCGCAGCAGUAUAGUGGUCGAGUGCCACGUGGGUGUUAUCGGGCUAGAAGUCGCUCCGAUAGAAUUCGCACGUAGGGAGCGAUUAUAUGCGAACGAGUUCAUUCAUCGUACGGAUUCCAGCUCGUCGGAAGUGACGACGACUUCCUCGCUGCCUGCUGGUGGCAGUGGUAGAGUGCCAGUGGUAGAGUGACACUAGUGUUUGUGCGCUCGCGCACACGCGCACUCGCGAGAACUCGCGCGCGAGUGCACGCGCGGCUGACCUAGAGGAAGCGAAAGGAGAAGAAAGAGAGGAUGUCGACUCGCCGCCGAGCGACCGCGACCGCGUCGUGCGGCGAGAUGCAGCGUCCUGUUGUCGGUCGACGGUCAGUGGCUCUUUGAAGGUUUCGUCUUAUCGACGAUGGACAGGAUCGUUCGAGCGGAUGAGAGCUCGGGAGAGAUCGCGCCUUCUUAUUGUGUCCUUGUUGUUGAUCCCCGACGACGCGAUAGCCAGCACGAUUAUGCAGCUGAAGAAAGCGAUGCUUAAGAUAUUCGAUCAAUGCCUGCACUUGCGGAGCAUCGAGGAGCCGAGGAUGACGGCGGAGACGGCGGCUCCCUGCGUACAGGGAGUACAAGGAGCACAGACCGGCGUGGCCAGCCAGAGUAUGUUGCAACAGGUGCAGGAUGGAAGUGGUGGCAGCGGCGGCGGCGGCGGUGCUUAUUAUUCCUCGACGUCGACUGUCUACGAUCCGGAGUAUGCUCGGAUGGAGGCUUGGCUCGACGAGCAUCCAGACUUCGUCAACGAUUACUUCUUACGGAAGGUGACACGGCAGACCGUAGACAUGUGGCUGGUGUCACACGCGACGCCGACCUCGUCGUCCAGCAGCUGCAUGGAGCUCUCCAGCCCGACCCACGCGGCCGGCAACUCGUCCUCCGGACGUGGUGGUGGCGGUGCUGGUUCGGGUGCCACGACACCCGUACGCAAGAUCUCGGCGCACGAGUUUGAACGAGGGGGCCUUCUCAAACCGAUCGUCAACACGAUCGACGGAACGCCGACCUUUUUGAGUGUCUCGCCAGGCGACAUGGGUCAACCGGGUGGCGCCCAGGUCGGAUCCGGAUCGAUAAACUCGAACCGACCUCAAAGACGAUCCAGGCACGAGCUCAGGCACCUCGACGAGAAGGAUCUCAUUUUCGAGUUGGUCAAGGACAUUUGCAAUGAGCUGGACGUGAGAUCGUUGUGCCAUAAAAUCCUGCAGAACGUGAGCACGCUUCUCCACGCGGAUCGCGGCUCGCUGUUUCUCGUCCAGGGCGAAAGAAGCGGCACCAACGUCAGCGUGCCGUCUUCUCACACCGAGAAUCACGAGGUCGUCGCGAAUGACUUCGACAACGAAAAUCCGCGACGUAACGAACAAUCCUAUUCGAGGAGCCGAUGUCUAGUGUCGAAACUCUUCGAUGUUUGUUCGAGGUCGACGUUGCUAGAGAUGGAAAAGAAAGAUGAGAUUAAGAUUCCCUGGGGCACCGGAAUCGUCGGCUACGUCGCUGAGAGCGGGGAACCCGUCAAUAUACCUGACGCUUACAAAGACUCGAGGUUUAACCGCGAAAUUGACGCAUUAACGGGAUACCGUACGCGUGCCUUACUAUGCAUGCCUAUUAAAGAUUGCAAUGGUGACGUAAUUGGCGUGGCACAGGUAAUCAACAAGCUCGGCGGCGAAGGACAAUUCACUGCGCAAGACGAAAAGAUUUUCGCCGGUUACUUACAAUUCUGUGGUAUCGGUUUAAGAAACGCGCAGCUUUACGAGAAGAGUCAAUUGGAAGUGAAAAGAAAUCAGGUUUUAUUGGAUCUGGCUCGAAUGAUUUUCGAGGAACAAAGCACGAUAGAGCACAUGGUUUUUAGAAUUCUUACGCAUACGCAAUCGUUGAUUCAAUGCCAACGUGUUCAGGUGUUGCUCGUGCACAAAGCUUCGAAAGGCAGUUUCUCUCGCGUCUUCGACUUUGAGGCGAACGAUCUCGCUGGCGAAGAUUCCGAUUCUCGCACUAGUCCAUUUGAGAGUAGAUUUCCUAUUAACGUCGGCAUCACGGGUUAUGUAGCGACAACCGGUGAAACUGUCAAUAUACCUAGCGCUUAUGAGGAUCCGAGAUUCGAUCCACUAGUGGAUGAUGGUACUGGUUUUAGGCAUCGUACGAUUCUUUGCAUGGCUAUUAAGAACUCCUCCGGUCAGAUAAUCGGUGUCAUCCAGUUGAUCAAUAAAUUCGACGAUCUGCCUUUUACAAAGAACGAUGAGAAUUUCGUCGAGGCGUUCGCGAUAUUCUGCGGGAUGGGAAUUCAUAAUACGCAUAUGUACGAGAAAGCUGUGAUAGCAAUGGCGAAACAGAGCGUCACUUUAGAAGUGUUGAGUUAUCAUGCAUCGGCGUCGUUGGAAGACGCACAGAGAUUGCGGAAUUUAAGAGUCCCGUCAUCGGUACAUUUUCAACUGCACGAUUUCAAGUUUGACGAUAUACAUAUGGAGGACGACGAGACUCUCACCGCGUGUCUUAGAAUGUUUCUCGAUCUGGAUUUUGUCGAACGGUUUCACAUCGAUUACGACGUACUCUGCCGUUGGUUGUUGAGUGUGAAGAAAAAUUAUCGAAACGUUACGUAUCACAAUUGGCGACACGCCUUUAACGUGGCUCAAAUGAUGUUCGCUAUUUUAACAGCUACGCAAUGGUGGAAGAUCUUUGGCGAAAUCGAAUGUCUCGCACUUAUCAUCGCCUGCUUAUGUCACGAUCUCGAUCAUCGCGGAACAAACAAUUCUUUUCAAAUCAAAGCCUCUUCGCCAUUGGCACAGCUGUACUCGACCUCAACGAUGGAACAUCAUCACUUUGAUCAAUGUCUGAUGAUCUUGAGCAGUCAGGGCAAUCAAAUUCUAUCGAAUCUUUCGCCAGAAGAAUAUUCGCGCGUAGUGAAGGUUCUCGAAGAAGCGAUACUCUCGACCGAUUUGGCCGUUUACUUUAGAAAACGUGGUGCUUUCCUCAGUUUAGCACGUAGUGGUGGUUACAACUGGGCCUACAAUGAUCAUCGAGAGCUUUUGCGUGGAAUGCUAAUGACAGUCUGUGAUCUCGCCGCGAUUACGAAACCGUGGGAAGUCGAGAAAAGAGUAGCCGAGCUCGUUAGCAGCGAGUUUUUUGAACAGGGCGACAUAGAGAGACGGACGCUCAACAUUACGCCUAUUGAUAUUAUGAAUCGAGAGAAAGAGGACCAAUUGCCAAUGAUGCAAGUCGGCUUUAUCGAUUCGAUCUGCCUUCCUAUUUACGAGGCGUUUGCCCAACUGUCGGAUAAACUUGUGCCGCUCGUUGAUGGAGUGACAAUGAAUAAGCAACAUUGGUUGAAAAUUGCCGAGAGCAAGAGUCAAGCGGAGAACUGCACAAAUCACGAUAGGACGCCGUCAACGUCGGUGUCUGAUAACGAGGAGACCAGUGAACAAGCGGACCAAUAGUCAUUACAUUGACGUCACUGAUUGCUAGAAUACACAAAAUGGAGCCGUAGCGAUCGUCCGUCAGUCACGUCAAAAAGAGAAAAAAAUACGGGAUAUAGUUUAUCUUUUACGGAUCGUUUCCAGUGGCAACUGGUUUUCUCAUCUCAAUUAUCAGGGCCUGUGUCUUGCGUGUCUGCUAUGAAACAGGUGAUACAUACAUAUGUACAUAAGUUAUAUAUAUGUAUGUAUAAAUUUAUGUAUA